AUGUCAUUGUUUGUAGCCGAACGAACUGAAAUUUUGAGAGGUGAACGGAAGGAUGAAGAAUAUAUCCAGGAACUGUAUGAUAAGAUAUCAGACCUUGUCAAGAGGAUAUACGGAGAUGCAAUAUGGAUAAAGGCUUACAAAUGGCUGAUGCCCAUUACCAAAGUCUUAUAUUACACAUCAACAUCAGUGAAGGGAGUUCAGACAUUGGGAGAAGAAUACAUGGGGCUGAUUCCAGUAGGAUCACAGUCAGAAGUCAGAGAGACAUCGUAUCUACAAAGGGUUCUAUUUGUUGUUGGAGAAGCGUUUGGUCCCUUGAUGGUGGACAAGAAGUUGGAGGAGUUUAGAGGAAAAGAUGACGAAUACUAUAGGAAACAAAGUCUGAGCAGUAAGGUACCAAUAGGACGAGUGGUACUGUCAGUGCUUCUAAAACAAUUGAGUUUUGGCUCGAUUCAACGACUUCACUGGGCUUUGUUUUACUUGUUUGGCGGUAACUUCUACAGUCUUUGGAAACGGAUCUCACAGACUCACUUUAUGACUCUCAACUCAGAGACUAAUGUUAAGGUAAGAAGAUUACUUUUUUAUAUCAGUUAGAUUUUUUUUUGAAUUUUCAAACGAUUGCAUACAUUUUUUCAUUACUUUUAGAUGCAUUCGAUAUUCAGAAUUAUUGGUGGCACUGCUUUACUCGCUUUUGUCUUGAAUUUAGUAUUUGCUGUACGCAGAGAACUUCUGAAGCGACAACGAACACGGUCGGAUUUAGAAGAGCACAGAGUGCCUCCAAAGGUGGGUCAAGAGCAAAUUGUUACUUUAUAAAAAGUAGGGUAAUAUGUUUGGUCUUACUGUAAAUUACUAAAGAAUGCUUUUCAGGACGGUGCUUUCUUCUGUGACAUUUGUUUGGAGAACGGCGAGCCCGUUAGCACGCCUUGUGGCCACGUCUUCUGCUUCGACUGUAUCGUUUUCCACUCGGAGAACGCUGAUUUAGACGCCAACAAAGGCCAAUGUCCUCAAUGUAGAUUCCAGUUUUACCUCCGAUCUGUGAUACCUUUAAUAAACUAUUAA